UCUUUUGCAUCUACGACGUAUACUCGCUUUGCGCAACGCGUGCUGUGGAAGAAGAGCGGUGUGUGUACACGCGCGAAGACACUCCAUAGAAAUCAAAAUCCGAAAAGAACGAGAGGUUCCGUUCUCGAUUUUCAUGCCGGAGAGGUCUCGGCUGAAGUCGCAUCGGAGGACAUACGUGUCUUUGAGGAGGAAGAAGAAGGAAUGAAACGCGUAACAUCGCAGGAACUACCGUCGAAACUGCACACGGAGACUUCGCAGCGCUGAAGGCCGGUUGAUUAAUGAAGAGAAAUCUGACCUGUCGGUAAAUAUAAAGGAGAGCUAACGAUAUCACAUGGUGAUCGCAAUGUCGCGAUUAUGCAUGGAAACAGAUUAUAUAAGAUCAUGCACGUUCAAUGCAGGCACGGAAGGGAACAACGUCGCAGGGAGAGGGAAUAGAAGAGGAAUGUGCGAAAUAUAGAUUUGGCGCGAUAAUACCUUCUUUCUUUUCUUUUUUUUUUUUAGUUACUAAAGAAUUACUUUUGCAAAACACUCUGACAAGCAGGUGGCAUAUGCGGCAUCAGGAUCGCCGGAUUUCUUGCAUAACAAUCCCCCAAGAGUGACUGAUGUGUGUGUACACUCGAGCAGAAGGAAACGGGACGUGAAUUCCACGAACGGACACAGUUUCCACAUAUAUGCGGGUGUGUCCCAUCGAUUCUUGUCAACGUCCUUGUCAUCACGCCUCCUAAGAGCGACCUAAGCUCAAACAACCAAGACCACCUUGAAAUACGAGGAGGGGCACUUCGACGUAUCGGAGGAGAGGAUAUAUAGAGGUUUGUACGUCGGUACAAGAGCAGAUCGUCCUUCCGUGUCUCAGACACAGUGUUUCCCUGAAAGAUGCGAUCGGCGGCGUCGGCGCUAUGAAGAUGUAUCUCGUUGUAUCGACCCUCUGCGCUGUAAUUGCGCUGUGCAGCAGUGCCGAAUCUCCGAAAUCUUCGACGUUACUCACGAAAUUAACACCGGUGGACGAUGCACAAUCCGCGUACGCGAAAGUCGCGAGUACAGUGAAAGAUCUGGCCGCAUCAGCAAGUGAUCGAACGUUUCAUGUAACCAAAGAUUAUGGAUCAAUUGGAUAUCCCGGAGGAUAUUCUGGAGGAUAUUCUGGAGGAUAUCCUGGAGGUUACUCUGGAGGAUAUUUAUAUGGUCAUCCGAGCAUCGUUGGAACCGUUUAUCCUGGAACAUCAUACCGUGGCGGUCUAGUACCAGGAUAUAGAGGCUAUUACGGGCCAGGGGGUGGUCUCCUUGGUGGUGGUCAUACCGGAUAUGGAUAUUAUGAUAAUAUUGGAGGAUAUCCCAAUUAUCUUGGGUAUGGCGGCUACGGUGGAUACGGAAGCGGCUAUGGAGGGUAUGGGGGCUAUGGAGGAUAUGGAGGAUAUGGGGAUUACGGAAUAAGGGGAUAUGGUGUUGGAGGUUACGGAGGCUACGGUACUACAGGUUAUGGAGGCUACGGUGCUGGAGGUUACGGAGGUUACGGUGCUGGAGGUUAUGGAGGCUACGGUCCUGGAGGUAUUGGUGGUUACGGUGCUGGAGGUAUUGGUGGUUACGAAGAUAAUUAUUUAGGAUAUGGACGUGGUGGUUAUAGUGGGAUAGGCGGAUAUAACGGUUACGGUUACGGAAGUGGAUAUGGUACAACGUCAUCAUCUAGGAACCCGUAUUAUUCAAGUACUGUUCGUACUGAUACUAGUUAUGGUACUUCUCUCGCUAAUCCGUCCGGUUACCGUGGUUAUUCCUAACUGUAUCAUGUUAUGUAUGUUUUAAAAAAUUGAAUAUUGUUAUUAAUAUGCCUUUAUCAGUAUGGACAAAAUAAUAAUAUCUUUAAGAUUUGCUAUAUUGCUAUAUAAAGUCUCACAGAUAUAAUACAAUAAUAAAACAAUGAUGUAAUUUUGUAAUAAAAGAGAAAUAU